GAGCGUCUAGGGCAGCCAUUUCUCUGUAAUUUACUAAGAAGCACUUUGUUUUUAUUUGUACUAGGACUACGUGGAGCUCAGACUUUUGUUGUGGGCUAAACUCGCUCUCAACUAUACCUGUAAGCCGAUUUUUACGUGGAUCAAUAAAAGUUCGCAUAUCUCAAUAAUUUACAUACAAACCAGUGGUUAAAAGAAAUUCUUUGUGUUCUAACAAAGGAAAAAUUCAUUUAAUACGCUUUUUACGAACCAAUUUGUUCAGGGCUGUGCUUCAAAAAACAGUUACUUUUGUAUAAAAAGGAAUCAAUCUCUUAAAGACUAAUUACGCGUUAAUUGCAGCUUAUAAACUUGUUUCUCAUCUAUUCAUACUGGGCUAGGUACCGUCAACGUUUAUCUACGUUUCGAUAUUCUAGUACAUUUCCUAUAUUGUCUUUGUUGGCAAAAUCUGAGCUCUCUUGUUGCUUCUCAGUUGCUCUCCUACCGUCCCUCUACUAUUCCAUCUUUUCCUUUCCCGUCAUCUCUGCUUCCUUCUUCAUAAUGGCCACUGCUGCCGAACAGAAAACCUUGGUUAUCAAUAUUCCACUGGCUGGAAGAGAAAAUGUUCACAUCAACUAUCCCCAAGAGGUAGAAAAAAUUUACGGGCCUAUGGAAGACCCUAAUGCAGACAAAAAAGACCUUAGCGAUUCAUCAGACAGCGAAGGCAAGUCUGAUGACUUGCCGCUUUCUCAACGAGUCGCCAAUGCUGAAAGUGCUAAUGGCCAAGAACAGCAGCCGAAGAAACGAAAACGGCGUCGUUAUGCAGACUUGUAUUAUGAUCGUUCGGAUCCAUUCAUUGAUGACACUGAACUUUACAUUGAGGAAAUGGCUGCUGCUAGUAAGGAUGGUUUUUUCGUAUUUAGCGGACCACUUGUCGCAGAAGGCGAAAAGAUUCGCAUCGAACGGACGCGGAAAACAAAGCGCAAAAAGCGAUUGUCUACGGCAAUGAACGCUACUCCUCACUCCCCCGUUACGACAGGUCCGACUGAACAAAAAAAGGCAACCUCUGGUCGGGGCCGCAAGAGACAGUCUACUUCGUAAACGAAAUGGUAAGAAAAUACUCUCCGUCCGACUUCUUUCGUCUCUGCCUCCAAGCCAUGUAAACUUUUCUAGCUGCUGCUUACUUACAAACUCCCCUUAAUCAAUGUUUCUCCACCCCUCCUCUUAUUAGAUUCUCCUCUGGAAAUACCGUUACCAAAACAAUUUAUCUAAUGAAAACCUGCCUUUUUACUUUUUUUCUUCUUCUUCGACUUGGAGCCUUUUGUUUUCCGAGACUCGCGACGCUUCUGUAGAUUUUCCUCCCGACGUUUCUGGCGAAGAGCUUGUGCUUUUUCAAUGUUCUGUAACCGCUCUUUCCACUCUUUUGCAGACUUUUUCUUGGCGGCUUCCUUUCUCUUGACUGUCUUUUUCAGCAAGUGUUCAUUGUCUUGCAUUUUUUUGCCUUCAGCUUGAAGCAAUGCACGAUGCCAGGAGUCACUUUCCUUGAUCUUGUUGACUUUGUCGGUCUCCAACUUCGAAAGUCGUCUCUCCUUUGCUUCCAAAUGUUUUAAGGCUCCAUAAACAUCUGUAGGGCCCUUCUUCUUCUUCGAACCUUUUAACUUGUCGCCGACGUAGGCUUCGUCGCCGACCAAAAGCUUGCCGUAGGAGACGUUGAUGUUGUCUACUACUGAACGGCUCUUUUCAUUCGUGUAGUGUACGACGCUGUUUAUCUCUGAAGAUUCUUCUUUGACGACAAUUUCCUUGGCAUCCUCCUUGUUUUCCUGUUUCGAUUGCGACUGUUCUUUGGCACGUCUUUUAGCUUCAAUACGGGCUUUUGCCUUUGCUUUUCGAGCCUCAAUUAGGGCUUGUCGAUUUACUUGCUCCGGUGCCUUUCUUUUCGCUCGAAGCUCUUGGAUACGAGCCGCAAGUUUUGAGCGUAACUCGUCACUUUCUGCGCCCAUUAAAUGGUAUAAGCGUUGUUGUGUGAGAGAAGUCAGUUGUUUAUGCAAAGAAUUUCGUCUUUACAGGUAGGGAAUUGGUCUGCAAAAUUUCCUCUAGAGUACGUGCUAGUGGAAGGAUGGCAGGGCUUGGUGCUGGCCCCCAAGUUAGGCUGUGGUAACAAGACUGUACUUUUUGAAACAGAUUUUGAGUCACUGAGACCCGCAUAUGACACUUGGGAUUGUUUGAGUGAUGUUUUUUUAUUAAUUAAGUGAUCAUUUAAUUUUUUGUUGUGGUUGCCACGAAUAGUAUACAAAUGAAUUUGGACAGUGUGGAAUUCAAGCGAGCAAAAGAAAGAGGCUUCAUGAUUGGUAUAAUGUGUAUUUAAAUGCGUUUUUGCCGUUACGAUGUACUUUACCAAUGCACUUAUCCAACAUGUGUUCUUCUCAUCGUUCCCCUCUCAUUCUAAUCUAUUAUUACAUAGUCAUCAAUGGAUCCUUAUCCGCCGUAGAAACACAAACCUCGACGUCUUUUCCAUUUGGAUCCUCACGGAAAGAUUGAAGCAACUUUUCUUUCAUAACCUCAGUCAAAUAACCACGUUCCGUAUUGCUGUGUCCACCUGUUAAUGCAUAUUAGUAGUUUGUUCACAAUAGGACGUAUCCCAAGAGCAUUUGUCCGUGAUACUUUGUCCCUCCCUCUCUAAGCACAUACACAGGAUUACAGAAAUACCAUUGGCAGCAGCUUCCAACACUUGGUGAUGAGAGAGCUCGCCGGUAAAGUAAAGCUCAGCCUUGGUUCCCAUUACAACGGAGCCUCCAGAACCAGCACAGAGGGAGACCUUAGAAAUCAAAACAUCCAGACCUUUUGGAGCGCAUACUUGGACUAAAGUUAUUGCGUUAGACAUCGAGAUAAAAAGUCCUAUCCGAAAAAUUAACAUACCAUGCUUCAGACCAGUCAGUUUCUUGGCUCGCUGAACAAGAUCGGCAAGAGUAACCGCUUCCUUAAGCUCUACAAGACGGCCGUAUCCCUCUCCUUCUUGCAUGGAAUCGUUGGACUGCAAAACAGAGCAUGCAGAAAUACCGUCACCAUUUCCGGCAAUUCCGCGAGAAAGCCAGUCAUUUACGCCGUCAACAGCAGCGUCCACUGCAGUGUGUGGUGAAUAGACAUGUAUUCCGGCGGCAGCCAGACGAAGAAGACUUCUCUGCUGGGGGUUACUUAGGGUGAUGGAUUUGAGUCCACGGAAGAUAAUAGGAUCUGUACAGCGUUAGCAAAUGUACCAGUGGGGUUCAAUGUAGCGUUAGUUUGCGUGUACAAGUAUACGUUUGCAAAACAGGCAUCAUCCUUCACUUACGGUAAGAAACGAUUGCACCAACGGACUUGUUUUCAAUGGCCUCGUCAGCGACAGCAGUCGUCAAAUCAUUGGUAAGAAGUACAGUACGGGCAUGAGGACGGUCCUGAGGAGCUUCCAGCAAGAGACCAGUGUUGUCCCAUGAAUCUGCCAAAGCCCGGCGGUAUAUCUUUUCAACAGAACGAGUAACGACGCUUGAAAAACCAGACAUAAUAACGAAUAGAAGACGAAGGGCAAAUUUAAUGUCAGAAAAAAGUUUACGUUACGGUUGUUAACCUAAAGGUAACUGGAUUUGCAGUUAGUAAAUCUAAACUAAAAAAGUGAAAAAUCCAAAGUCACAUUAUAAAGUUAGUCAUCAAACAUACCUACAAUGUUGCAAGUGGAGAACUGUCGGUAACAAGAAACCCAGGUUUACUGCCUGUUGUAUCUUACAGCGAGUAUACCACAGUGCCUACCACUUUACUUGCGUUAUGCUUGCCUGGCAUUUUUGGUGGUGAGUUUGUGUUAAGUUACAGUAAAGCUCGUUAAAAGUCACCACCAAAAGCAUAUCGCAACACAGCAUCCACGCACUAGCUUUUUGGUAAAGAGAGAG